AUGAGCGUAGAUGGGGACGAACAUCUUGUGAGUGACUUUAGAGGAAGGUUUAAUGAUCGAAAUGGUGAUUCUUUUGGUGAAGAAGAGGACAGAAAUUUAAGAUUAAUUAAAACUGUUACCAAUAAUGAAACUGGUGUGUUGGAUAGAUUAGAAUCUUUAUCUCGUCAAUUGUCUACUCAUACGACUAGAGAUGGAGAUUUUAGAAUUGAUCCUAAUGAUUUUGAUUUAUAUAAGAUAUUAGAAACUUGUAUAAAAUUAUUUGAAAAGGAAGGUAUUAAAUUGCGACAAUCAGGAAUUACUUUUGAAGAUUUAUCUAUGAAUGGUAUUGACAUGUCAUUUGAUAUUGUUUCAACCAUCGCUGAUAUCUUUAAAGGUCCCUUUAGAUUAGUACAAAAAAUCUUUACAAAUCAUAAAACUUCAACUCAUAAAAUUAUUCAAAAUAUUAAUGGGUUAGCUAAAAGUGGUGAAAUGGUUUUGGUAUUAGGUAGACCUGGAUCUGGAUGUUCUACUUUUUUAAAAUCUUUAAGUGGUAUUGAUUUUGAUUUAUAUACUGGAAUUGAAGGAGAUAUAAGAUAUGAUGGUAUUUCUCAAAAGGAUAUGUUGAAGCAUUUCCGAUCCGAUAUUAUUUAUAAUCCGGAAUUAGAUGUUCAUUUCCCUCAUCUAUCAGUAGAGCAAACGUUAAAAUUUGCUAUUGCAUGUAAGACUCCCAAUGUUAGAAUUAAAGGCGCUACAAGAAAUGAUUUCAUUAAUACCUUAAUGGAAAUUUUAGGAACUGUGUUUGGGUUAAGACAUACUUAUAAAACCAAAGUUGGUAAUGAUUUCAUUAGAGGCAUUUCUGGUGGUGAACGUAAAAGAGUUUCUAUUGCUGAAGCUUUAGCUUGUAGAGGUUCAAUUUAUUGUUGGGAUAAUGCUACUAGAGGGUUAGAUGCUUCUACUGCUUUAGAAUAUACUAGAGCUAUUAGGACUUCUACUAAUCUCUUAAAUACAACUGCCUUUGUAACCAUUUACCAGGCUGGUGAAAGGAUUUAUGAAACAUUUGAUAAAGUCACUGUACUUUAUAAAGGUAGACAAAUCUAUUUUGGACCGGUAUUGGAAGCUAAAGCUUACUUCGAGAGAUUGGGAUUUGAAAGUUUAUCAAGACAAUCUACUGCUGAAUUCUUAACUGCAGUUACUGAUCCUAAUGGUAGAUUCCCUAGAAAGGGCUGGGAACAUAAAGUCCCUCAAACUGCUGAAGAGUUUGAGGAUUGCUGGUUAAACUCCAAAGAAUUCGAAACUUUAAAGCAAGAAAUAGCUGAAUAUAACGAGAUUAUCGAUGCUGACAAUACCCACAAGAUAUUCUAUGAAUCGAUUAAACAAGAGAAGAUGAAGUAUAGUCGUAUCGAUUCAAGAUACACUGUUAAUUAUUACCAGCAAUUGAAUUUAACUACGAGAAGAGCCUUUCAAAGAAUUUGGAAUGAUAAGGCUUACACUGGUUCUAUGUUAUUUGCUGGAAUGGCCCAAGGUUUAAUUGCCGGAUCUCUUUAUUACAAUACUCCACCAACAGUUAGUGGAGCCUUUUCAAGAGGUGGUUCUAUAUUCUUUUCAGUACUUACUGUGUCAUUAAUGUCCUUGGCAGAAAUUUCAGCUGCAUUUGCUUCCAGACCUAUUUUAAUGAAACAUAAGAACUAUUCAUUGUAUCAUCCAUCAGCUGAAGCCAUUGGUAAUUAUGCUACUUCAAUUCCCUUCAAUCUUUUGUUAUCUAUUAUGUUCGUAUUGCCCCUUUAUUUCCUUACUCAUCUUAAGAUGGAAGCAGGAUCAUUCUUCACCACCUUGUUAUUUGUUUAUUUAACAUCAAUAACUAUGACAGGACUUUUCCAAGCCGUUGCUUCAUUAAAUAAAACAGUUGCUGGUGCAAAUGCAUUUGCAGGAACUUUAGUAUUGUCAGUUUUAAUGUAUUCUUCAUUCAUGAUUCAAAGACCUUCCAUGCAUGAUUACUUCAAAUGGAUCUCCUAUAUCAAUCCUCUCUUAUAUUCAUUUGAAGCUAUCAUCUCUACUGAAUUCCAUGGAAGAAAGAUGGAAUGUGAUGGUAUGUAUUUAACCCCUGGUGGUCCAGGCUAUGAGAACUUAGCUAAUGGUACUCAAGUUUGUGCUUUCAAAGGUUCUGUCUUGGGACAAACAUGGGUUCUGGGAGAUGAAUAUUUGAAGGUUGCCUUCACUUAUUCAUUCUCUCAUGUAUGGAGAAAUCUUGGUAUAAUGAUUGCAUUUUUAUUAUUCUUUCUUUUUGUUAAUGCUUGUGGGUCUGAAUUCAUUAAGCCAAUCAUUGGUGGAGGUGAUCGUUUAUUAUAUUUAAGAGGUAAAGUACCUCAAAAUUUAGUUGGUGAUAUUGAAAGUAAGGGUAAUACCCUUAAUGAAGAACAAAAGAAUAAUUUUGCAGCCGAUGAUGAUCUCAAAUCUAAAGAUACAUUUGUAUGGAAGGAUGUAACUUAUGUUAUACCAUAUGAUGGACUGGAACGGACUUUAUUGGAGAAUGUUUCUGGAUAUACUGAAGCAGGAACCAUUAUUGCCCUUAUGGGUGAAUCAGGGGCUGGUAAGACUACAUUAUUAAACACAUUAGCCCAACGUAUAGAUAUGGGGGUGGUUACUGGAGAUAUGCUUGUAAAUGGGAAACCACUUGAUAAAUCUUUCAGUCGUCGAACUGGAUAUGUUCAGCAACAAGAUAUUCAUGUGUCUCAGUCUACAGUAAGAGAGUCUUUACAAUUUGCAGCUCGACUCAGACGAUCCACAUCAGUACCAGAUUCUGAAAAGUUGGCAUAUGUUGAAAAGAUAAUAGGAGUCUUGAAUAUGGAAGAGUAUGCUGAUGCAGUUGUAGGGGAGAGUGGAUCUGGAUUGAAUGUGGAACAAAGAAAGAAGUUAUCUAUUGGUGUUGAACUUGUAGCCAAACCAUCUUUGCUUAUGUUCCUUGAUGAACCCACUUCUGGUUUAGAUUCUCAAUCAGCCUGGUCCAUUGUUCAAUUAUUAAGAAAUCUUGCUGAUGCUGGUCAAUCGAUUGUGUGUACCAUUCAUCAACCUUCAGCUACUCUAUUCGAACAAUUUGAUAAAUUAUUACUUUUACGAAAGGGAGGUCAAACCGUUUAUUAUGGUGAUAUUGGUAGCCAUCUGGCUACUGUGUUAGACUACUUUGAAAGAAAUGGAGCUAGAAAAUGUGGAGAUGAUGAGAACCCUGCUGAAUAUGUAUUAGAAGCCAUUGGUGCUGGAGCCACUGCCACUACCGAUUAUGAUUGGUUUGAUAUUUGGAAUAGAUCACUAGAGAAGUUGGCUUGUGAUAAAAGACUAGAUGAAAUAGCCGUUGAAUCUGCCCAUAAGUCAGAAUCAGAGUCAUCUAAUGAAGUUAAACAAUUAAUCUCCAAGUAUGCUACUCCGUACUCAUAUCAAUUUUACCAUGUGUUAAAGAGAACCCAUGUAAUCUUUUGGAGAGAUCCACAAUACUUUGCAGCUAAACUAAUGUUAGUGAUCAUGAGUGGACUCUUUAUUGGAUUCACAUUCUUUGGACUUAAACAUACAUUGACAGGAGCUCAGAAUGGGAUGUUUGCCAGUUUCUUGUCAGUGGUUGUAUCUCUUCCAAUAAUCAAUCAGGUUCAAGAAAAGGCCAUUAAAGGCCGGGAAUUGUACGAAGGAAGAGAAAAGCUCUCCAAAACUUAUACUUGGUCACUCAUGAUCUUGACACAAACCAUUCUAGAGAUUCCUUACUUGAUUUUUGGAGCCACCAUGAUGUUUGUCUCAUUAUACUUCCCCACUCAAGCUAAUACUUCUGGACCCCAUGCUGGAAUGUUUUACUUAACUCAGGGAGUAUUUCUUCAAACGUUUAUAGUAUCCUUUGGAUUAUUAGUGCUCUAUAUUGCUCCAGAUUUACAAACUGCUGCCAUCAUUGUUUCCUUCUUAUACACUUUCAUAGUGGCUUUCUCUGGGGUAGUCCAACCCGUCAAACUUAUGCCAGGAUUCUGGACAUUCAUGCAUAAGAUCAGUCCUUACACAUACUUUAUUCAGAAUCUUGUGGCAUCCUUCUUACACGGAAGAAAGAUCACCUGUUCCGAGGUGGAAUUGGCAUUCUUUAAUCCUCCAUCUGGUCAGACCUGUGGGGAAUAUAUGUCCAAGUUUCUUGAAACCAGAACAGGUUAUUUGACUGAUCCUGAAGCUACUACUCAAUGUGGUUAUUGUCAGUUUUCAAAUGCCGAUGAGUACUUGUUGACUAUUGGAGCUAAAGCAGGAGUGGUUAAAUAA